UUUUUUUUUAAUGAACUAUUUAGUUUUCUGCUCUCUCCUCAGUCAUUGUCAAGGUGACUUUGGAAGUAAAGUUUAGGCAGUAAGGCACACAAUUUUACCUGGAGUUCUGGGACAGUAACAAAAAGUUCUGAUCAGAUUUGUUUGCAGAUAAUCUGAGGUGGGUUUGCUUAUAAGUAGACAGAUCUGCAUUAAAGCAUAUCAAGGGCCCAAGAUGUGACCUACAACUGCAUGCUAUUCUAAGGGUUGGAAUUACAACAUCCAGAGGCCAGACAGGCUGCCUGUCUCUAAAUCCUAAAGGCUAAUGUUUAGAGAAACUCUGAUUCUGUGGCAAUUCCAUAGUUAUAUGCCUGCAUCAACAUUGAUGCAGUUAUCUGAAAUUCCUGCCAUUGGAAUUCAAUGUAAUGGGUUUGGGAAAUCUGAACAUCUUAUACAAUCCAACUCCUCUGAAAGGAAAACAUUUUGAGUCUAAUUUAGAAAUCGAUAAGCACAAGAAAGGGACUGAAAAACUGGUGAGUGAGGUUUGUUCAGGACAGGAAUGACUGUAUCUACCUCAAGGGCACAGGGAGUCCAAAGGGCUGUUUACAUGCAGUGCUCUACAUCUCAAACAAGACCGCUUGGAGGAACAGUGCCUGAGCCAAGGCUAAAACUAAACUACACACCUAGAAAGUUAGUCUCUGUACUUCUCCCUUGUCCUAAUUUUGCACCAACUGAGGCUCUGGGAUCACUCUCAGAAGCACUGCUCAGAGGAGCCAUUCCGUCUCCAUUCGGCCCAGACUCCAUCCAGGGAAAGCGCCGGCCGGGUAGACGAAGAGAAAAAUGGCGAAGGCUGCACUUCCGGCAAGUGUCCUUACGAAUGCAUCCGGGCGGCUGCAGCAGGUACCGCCCAAGGCGUUCCGGGCUCUUGCUGCACAGCCUACAACGGUGAUGGCCGGCAGACAGUCUGGUUGGAGCCAGGCGGCUCUUCUCCAGUUACUUCUUGGCAUGUGCCUAACGGUGAUGCCACCCAUACAAGCCCGGAGUCUGCGCUUUGUUACCUUGCUGUAUCGACACGGAGAUCGGUCACCAGUGAAGACAUAUCCUAAGGACCCCUAUCAGGAAGAGAAAUGGCCCCAGGGAUUUGGUCAGCUAACCAAGGAAGGGAUGCUACAGCAUUGGGAGCUGGGCCAGGCCCUGCGGCAACGCUACCAUGGCUUUCUGAACGACUCUUACCACAGGCAAGAGGUUUACGUGCGAAGCACAGACUUUGACCGUACUCUCAUGAGUGCAGAGGCCAAUCUGGCCGGACUCUUCCCUCCCACUGAAGCUCAGCACUUCAACCCGAACAUCUCGUGGCAGCCUAUCCCUGUCCACACCGUGCCCAUCACUGAAGACAGGUUGCUGAAGUUUCCUUUGGGUCCAUGUCCCCGUUAUGAGCAGUUGCAGAACGAGACUCGGCAGACACCAGAGUAUCAGAACAUGAGUAUUCAGAAUGCACAAUUUCUGGACAUGGUGGCCAAUGAGACAGGGCUUAUGAACCUGACCCUAGAGACCAUCUGGAAUGUGUAUGACACACUCUUUUGUGAGCAAACACAUGGGCUGCUCCUGCCACCCUGGGCCUCUCCCCAAACCGUGCAGCGUCUGAGCCAGCUAAAGGACUUCAGCUUCCUCUUCCUCUUCGGGAUCCACGAUCAAGUACAGAAGGCCCGGCUUCAGGGGGGAGUUCUGCUGGCUCAAAUAUUGAAGAAUCUGACCCUAAUGGCAACUACCUCUCAAUUCCCUAAGCUUCUGGUUUAUUCUGCGCAUGACACUACCCUGGUUGCUCUGCAAAUGGCACUGAAUGUCUACAAUGGUAAACAAGCCCCCUAUGCUUCCUGCCACAUAUUUGAGCUGUACCAGGAAGAUAAUGGGAAUUUCUCAGUCGAGAUGUACUUUCGGAAUGACAGUAAGAAGGCACCCUGGCCUCUGACCCUGCCUGGCUGUCCUCACCGUUGCCCACUGCAGGACUUCCUUCGCCUCACAGAACCUGUCAUACCCAAGGACUGGCAGAAGGAGUGCCAGCUAGCAAGCGAUACUGCAGACACAGAGGUGAUUGUGGCACUGGCUGUCUGUGGCUCCAUCCUCUUCCUUCUAAUAGUGUUGCUCCUCACUGUCCUCUUCCGGAUGCAGGCCCAGCCUCCUGGCUACCACCAUGUUGCAGACAGGGAAGACCAUGCUUGACAACCACUCAGUCCCCUUCCCUCUGCCUCCUAGGGGAUGUGGGCUGAGUCCUUGCUCCUGACUAUUGCCAAUCCCAGCCCAGGGACAGGUUUAGCCUUCCUGAUUACCUACGCCCAAAUGAAUGAGUGAGGCUGGGCUGGUCGCACGUCAUCUGUGACUUACCAUCCUCAUGCCUGAUGUUUACCAUGUACUGUGUUGGACACUGGCUUUCUCUAAAUGGGAUUUGCCUCUUCUAUACUCCCUAAGGACUUGAGAUACAGACCAGACAAGCAUUCAGGUUUUACUCAAGACCUGGGAUUAAAAAAACAAAACAACAACAACAGAAAAAAAACCCCAAAUCCUGAAGAAGCUGGUACUUGAUCUGUCUAGCUCUUCCCCCAAGCCUUGCUCUUUGUCUUCUAGCCCAUAUCUUUGGCAAAUGGCUUGGAGGACAUUGUCCCUUGGUACUUUUGCAGUUCAUAUAAAUGGCUCAUUUUAUAUGGAUCACCCAACAGCAAAGUUUCCCUCUGACUGAGGCUGCCGUCAGUGUCAACCUCAGGCAGGUCUGAAGGACACUGGUGCUGCACCUGGAUGACAGUGGGAGGACACAGGAGUGAAACACAUGGAAUCAUGACGUGACUCUCCCUCAGCUGGGCUGGACUCUUCAGGGACUUGAAGUAAAUGCAGCUGGUGAACUGUACACCUUGACUGUGGCCCGAAACAGAGCUGAAGUAACUCCGAGGAAAUGAAGGUUUUGACUGAG